AUGGAGACGUAUAAUUCUGGCAAACAAAGCGCAGCAGAGAUUGUGUUCUUCGACUUGGAAACGACAGUGCCCAACAGAACUGGGAAACGUUUCUGGGUAUUGGAGUUUGGAGCAAUUGUCGUUUGCCCACAGAAACUUGUCGAGCUAGAGAGCUACAGCACGCUCAUACGACCCAAGGAUUUGUCUGUGGUGCCGUUGAGAUCAGGAAGAUUUGAUGGGAUAACAAGGGCAGCUGUCGCAAAUGCGCCGGUUUUGGAGGAAGUUGCCGACAAGAUAUUCAGUAUUCUGAAUGGGAGAGUGUGGGCAGGCCACAACAUCCAAAGAUUCGAUUGCAUUCGUAUUAAGGAGGCAUUUGCUGAUAUUGGUCGGCCGGCACCGGUGCCGGUUGGGAUGAUUGAUUCUUUAGGAGUCUUAACCGACAAGUUUGGGAGAAGAGCCGGUAAUAUGAAGAUGGCAACAUUGGCUUCUUACUUUGGGCUUGGUCAGCAAAAGCACAGAAGCCUAGACGAUGUUCGGAUGAACUUGGAGGUCCUCAAGCAUUGUGCAACAGUGCUCUUCUUGGAAUCAAGUCUCCCCAGCGUACUACAGGGCAAAUGGCAAGCAUCUCCCACAAUUAUGACACGAAGUAGAAGUAGUAUUGGAAAAUUGGCAUGCAGAGAAGAAAUAAGUAACCCGCGGAAAUCUCCACCAACUUCUUCUGCAUAUCAGAGAGCAGUUCCCUAUACAAGAGGAAGCUUGGGAAAGAUGAUGACAGAAAGAGUGAGGGAUAUCUUGUGUAAAGCUCAAGGAAAACCCCUUAACAACCUCAUCCUCAAGCAUUCUCAUACGCUGCUCCGAUGAGAGUCAGAGGAAAGUGGUCGCCGAUUUCGCAUCUGCAUGUCCCGCCGUCCGACAUCCUAUAUAUGUGGUUUGAGACCACAUGCAUGAAUUACACGUAGAUCGAGUACUUACAACGGUGGAAAAGAAAUGGCUCUCGUUUUGAAUGCCUUCACGUCCUUCGAUUUGACACAAUAUUUCAUGCACGUGAGGAUGCUGAAUCCGUCAAAAAGAUGCUCUACAAAGACACCAUUAAUUCAUUUGUAUAUUCUUAAUUUAAUUGAUUAAUUGGUUUAUUCUUUUUAAAGCAAUUGUUAUUAUCCAGAAGCAAUUGGCUCUGUAUGUAAAUGUUACUAACUUGUAGU